CAGAGUCCACCCUACAGAUUUAUGUAUUAUGACAACUUUAUAGACUAUAUGCUUUUAAAUGAAUAACUGAGGUUACAAGUUCAUGUGACAACUGCAUGUUUACACUGUUUAUGUACAAGGCGGUUUGCCAAAGUUCAACCUGCCAACAACACUUCCGGGAUCCGGGAUGACUGAAUGAGAUCAAUAUAAUAACAGCUUCAACGGGGACUGAAUCUACCUAAAAUCCUCGCAUAUAUGUAUAAGUUAAACUAACGUUACGCGUUGUAAGAAACACCGCAAGAUACAUCCUAGAUCUCCGAAAUCAAGUUGGUUAUAUAAACACAAAGCGAUGGAUUCAACAGGGUCUGCCAAAGGCAAUCAAAAAAGAUCUCCUCUGGAUCUCAUUAUGAACCAGCUCAGAAGAAAAGCCAUUUUUACAGAAAGAAAGAAACCGGCCGUGAGCCGCCUCUUCCGCCAAUCUGAGAGCAAUAGCAAGAGAAAUGGAGAGAUACCUGAACUAAAAGAAUCAGAGGGCAGUGAGGAAAAGGAGAACAGCGAACCUAAGAAAGAAGUCAAUAAUAUGGAUGAUGAGAUUGGAUCUGUAGUGGGAUGGGAUCGAGUGAAACAGUUUAUUGAGAAGUUGGGGAAAACCCCACACAGUCAAAAUUUAAACCUGAGCCACUGUGAUCUGACAGCCACAGACGUGGUGGAACUGGCCACCUUACUGCCAUUCCUGCCUCAGCUGGAUGUGAUGGAUCUCUCUUGGAAUGAUUUGGUGGGAGGCUCCUUGAAGGCUCUUACGGCCCAUCUGCAACAUCUGGAAAGGUUGAGAGUGAUCAAACUGUGUAGCUGCAGGUUGACAGCGCAAGAUCUCACAGCUCUCGGUGAGUCUCUGGACUGCAUUCCUCUGAUGGAGGUGAUAGAUUUGUCCUGGAAUGUUGGCAUAGGUGCAGGAAAUCUCAGAGACUUUACAUCGCGCCUCCGUCCUGACAACACACUGAAAGAACUCCGGCUGGUGGAUUGUCAACUCUCAGAGACAGACAUUACAGCUCUGAGUGUGGCUCUUCCCAUGUUGUCUAGUUUGGAGGACUUGGAUCUGUCAAAUAACAAACUGCUGGUCAAGGGAAUGGAGAACUUUACCUCUUCUUUGGGUUCUACUCCACAGCUAAAGUCCCUCAAACUGAGCAUGUGUGGACUGAAUAAAGACAGCUUCAGCAUUCUUGGUCAAGCUCUCAGGUUCAUCACAGGGCUGGAGCAGUUGGACCUGUCUUGCAACAAAGAAGCAAGUGGAGGUCUCGCCUCAAUGGCCACUAAUCUUACACAUCUUAAGCACUUAAAGAGUCUAGACUUGCAUCUGUGCUGCUUAACAAAGGAAGAUCUGUUGGCUUUAGUCCAGGUCGCUUCAUCUCUACAAGAGCUCAGAGAGCUGGAUUUGUCCUCUAAUAAAGGUGUUGGAGAUACUCUCCAGGAUCUUCUGCACACUCUUCCUCUCCAUCAGAUAUCCAAACUCCCGCUGAACAACUGCGCUUUGAGCACAUCAGCAUGCCAUGCUCUCGCUGCCAACAUGGUGAACUUUAAACAGCUUGAAAGAUUGAACUUGUCUUGGAACAAGUGUGUAGGGGAAAAUCUGAGGGAAUUUCUGGAGCCAAUGAAAGCAACUGACUCCAAACUGCAAGAACUCAGACUGAGUAGCUGUAAUUUAACCACAGAGGAUGUACUACACAUCGAAUCGGCCUGUCAACGUGGAGUUCUGUCCCGACUGAAGCAGUUAGAUCUGUCUUAUAACGGCAGUGUUGGAGGUGGUGGUUGGACGUCUUUGUUUGGAAAAGCCGGCUGUCUGAAGAACCUCGAAGAACUGGAUGUCAGUCUUCGCCCCGCCGCAUGUCUAUCUGCGUCCCCCUGGCUACCCGCCCUGCUGGAAGCUCUUCCUCAGCUCCCCUGCCUCACCCGUCUGUCUAUGCAACAUUGGGCUGUCAGUUCAGCCGAGAGAGAAAAGCUGGAAAAAAUUCUUAGUAAGAAAAAUGUAAUCCUGGAAUGCGAGGCCACGCCCACAUCAAAGGCAACCGCUUACAGAGAAGUACUGUAGCCGCUUUGAAAUUCAGUCCUUUAUGAUACUGAAGUUGCAAAGCAAGAUGUUACUGAUAAUGAAGUGUUGAUGGAUGUGUCAGAACCGUAUUUUCUACUUUAUAAGACUAUUAUGUGUUAGAUUUUUUGAUUUUCAAACUGAAUUUAAAAGAAAGCACACAGUACAGUGGUGCGUCAUUCAUUUUACAUAUUUAAAAGGUAAUUCAGGAGUAGUUAGUGUAAAAAUGAAAUCGUAUGAAAUUAAAUAGUAUCAUUAUUAACUAAAAAUUAUCUUUAAGACUCAACAGUCUAACAAAAAUCGUGGGAAAUUUAAUGUGACUCCAUAAUCCUACGUACACACAAAACGCGUUAGUCGCUCUAGAUUACCCUCGGGAUUUAACUUCGUGUCAUGCGAAUUUUUCGCUCGAGUUGAAUAUUUUCAACUUGUUUGAAGACGCGUUUGAGGCGAAUAGCUCAUGUCGCGUCAUUCGCAUCGCCCCACGCGAGGACGCGUCUGAUCGCGUCUUUGCAUUGAUAAGUAAGACUUUGAAUGAGCAAGACUCGCGUCUGGUGUGAACCCACAGUAACAAAAGUGUCAAAGCAAACCAUUUACUUGAAUAUUAUUCACAAUUCAUUAUGACUGUCUGUGACAUUUCCAGACAAUGGACACAAAGACGCAAGAUGUAAGAGCAUUGUAUUUACAAUGAAUUAUAAUUAAAGAACACCUAUUGUCCGAUUCACGAUUGUAAAUUUCCUUUGGUGUGUAGCUGUAUUAGUACAUGUUAACAUAUGCAAAAGGUACAAACAAUGAUGCGAGUUAUCGUUUCGGACGUAAAUCUCUUUUCUUGGACUACAACAAACACACGGAUUAGGCAACAGUUUACUUCCUGGGCCUGUUGAUGUGGACAAGACCAACAUUAUCAUAAUUCCUCUCGCUUUGACUCACAGCCUGUAUGUAAACUCCUGUUAGCAUUGCAUUGUCACUGAAUAUUUCAAACAUGGUAAGGAGCGUUACAUUUCCGGCUGAGGUCAGAGGUAUUCAGGCCAAUCACAACGUACAGAUUAGCUGGCCAAUCGGGACAAAAAACUUUUCAAAUCUGUGAGUUUUGUACAAAAUCAAAGCGUUUGAGGAAGACUGAACAUCUGUGGCUACAAAAAUGUACACCGUACAGUAUGUGGAAAAUAAUGUUUUUUUAACCAUAAACAACACAUUGUAUCAUA